AUGGGCAACUAUCCAUUCGCAGUCAACCCCAAUGUCCAGACCGACCACGCUUUACACUACGUCAAUGUAUACAAACCACCACCUCCCUACCCCUCUAAUGGUCUAGCCUCCAACUCGACCCCAGACCUAGCCGUGGCGAGUCAAGCCUUAAACUAUCACAGAGGUUACAUCAACUCCCAUGUGUCAGGUUCCAGUCCAGACUAG